AUGCUUAUUGUGUACUCAUUGUAUCAGGGAGUUGAACUUGCAUUAGAACAAGUCUGGCCUAAAGCUGAUAAGAGGUUUUGCUGUAGGCAUCUCAGUAGAAAUUUCAAGAAACUUUUUCCAGGCCCUAUGAUGUAUGUUCUCUUUUGGAGAGCUUGCAAUGCAUCUUCAGCUUUCACAUUUAGGAAAGCUAUGGAGAAGUUGCAGAAAGUAGGAGGUGAUUAUGUCAUGUGUUGGUUUGCAGACUUGGGAGAGCAAUCUAAAUGGAGUAAGCAUGCAUUUGACCCAAAUGUUUGCAAUGACUUCAAUACCUCUAAUUUUGUAGAGAGCUUCAACUCUACACUUGGGGUGAAUAGGUGUAGGCCUAUUUUGACUUUGCUAGAAGGAAUAAGAAGGGUUUGUAUGGUGAGAAUUGCAACAAGGAUGGAGAAUGCAAGUUCUUGGAAAGAUGAAGACAUUACUCCUAAAAUUGUGAAUCUAGUGAAAGAAAUAGGUAAAGCCACCUCAAAAUGUAGAGCUUUCAAGUCAAGUCCAGGAGAAUAUGAAAUUCAUGAAGGAAGAUCACAGUUUCCUCUGAGCUUAAACAAGAAGAUUUGUUCCUGUGGGGCAUGGCAACUGACAGGUGUGCCAUGUAGGCAUGCCAUUAGGGCCUGCAUUGAUGCAAAGCUUGACCCACAUGACUUUGUUAGUUCCUGGUAUUCUGUGAAGACUUACAAGCAAGCUUAUAGUGUCUGCAUUAACCCAAUUCCUGACACACAGCAAUGGCCUGCAGAUGAGUCAGAUACAAUCAUCAUGCCUCCUAAGAUGAAGAGGGGAAUUAGAAGACUAAGUAGGAAUAGAAAGAGGGAGGCAGGUGAAGAGCAACCUGGAAAAAGGGUCAGAGACCAAAGUAAUGCAGCAAAGGCAGCUAAGGCAGCAAAGAAAUCUGAAGAAGUUGGAUAUCAGUCAGCAGCUUCAGCUAAACAAGCAAAGGGACAGAAGGGCAGACCCUCAGCUGAGCAAGCAACAGUACUGACAGCUUCACAGUUGCCUAGCCAACCAGUGCCUAUGUCUCAAUGA